AUGGCUAGCUCCAAGCAUGUUUUCAUGUUGGCCUUAAUUGUAACCUUGUCUCUGUCAAGCGUUAGUAUGAGCUUGGCAGCUCGUCAACUAUUGGACACGCCAGCAGCUCCACCCCCAGCAUUGACGCUUCCUACAAUUCCAUCUCUGCCUACGGCCACAUUGCCUCCAUUGCCCUCUGUGCCAACACUGCCUCAAGCCACAUUGCCACCACUGCCUAGCAUGCCAUUGCCAACUCUGCCGACACUGCCAACUACCACACUGCCACCAUUGCCGUCACUGCCAACUCAACCAACUCUGCCAAAGUCCACGUUGCCACCAUUGCCAAGCACCCAAAUCCCCUCCUUACCAAAUCCAACUUUGCCAACAGUUCCUAAGGUGACUCUUCCUCCUCUGCCAGCCAUUCCAUUGCCCACCACCCCUACAACAAUCCCAUCAAUCCCUACCAUUCCAACCACAAUUCCGACUAUUCCUUUCUUCUCCCCACCCCCAUCAAACUGA